GAAAGGACCCAUGUAAGCAGUCUCAAAAAGGGACUCAGGGACGUGUAGAAAAAUUUUAGAACCAUUUCCCUUUUAAAUGGGGAAGCAAGACCCAGAAAAGAGGCAUUUACCCAGAGUUGCCCACCUAGUCAGCAGUGGAAGCCUGUACCGUACCUGGGAGUGAAGGGUCUUUAUCCUUCUUAUGGGGUCGUGUCAUCUCAGAGGGGCACAUGAAGGAAAAAUGGGCACUUGUGAAUGACCCAUUGUCAGUUUCUCCAGGAACUCUGCUUGUCAGGGAGUGUGGGCUUCAUACCACUGGGCUACAGGCUCUGCUGGGUGCAGGGAAGGGGAUGGGCCUUCUGAGCUGUGCUUCUCCUCCAGGGGCUGAGCUGGAGGAGAGUAGCAAAAACAUGAAGAAGUUGGACGCCAUGACCCUUAUUAAAGAAGACAUGUCCAUCUUCGGGCACUGCCCCGCCCAUGACGACUUCUAUUUGGUUGUGUGUAACCACUGCAGCCAGGUGGUGAAGCCUCAAGCCUUCCAGAAGCAUUGCGAAAGAAGACAUGGGCCCCUCAGCAAGCUUUAUGCCCGGGCCCCACCCCCACCUCCAGCCCCUGCCAGCUCUCAGAAAUGCCAUGUAGUGAAUGGGCAGGGCCCAGCUUGUAGAGCCCCAGGUUCUACCAAAACCUCCUCCAGGGAGAAGGGCCAGGGGUCCCGGAGCCGUGGCCAUCAGCCUCCUGAGAAGACCCAGAAGGACAACCUCUGCCUUUUCGUGCCUGUGGUGAAUCUGGAGAAGAUGUCCAGUCUCCCGAAGCCUGAUGGACAAGGAGUCAGGGUGGCUCCACCCUCUGCUUUCCUCAGUCAGCCAGGAGGCCUCCCCAAGGACUCCCCUGGAAAAGUCCCCACGGCCCCCUCUCCUAAAGAUCCUCCUGGCAGAGAGAACAUCGAGUUAAUCCCUGGUGAGGGCUCCAAUCACCGGGCCGAAGGCAGUACCCCGGAGAAGGAGCCCAGUGGAGCCAGGCUGCCUCCUAAAACCCACCGAAAGAUGGCUCGUAAAGAGUUUGACCUCAACAGGCAGUGUGGGGUCAUAAAUCCAGAGACCAAGAAGAUCUGUACACGACUACUGACCUGCAAGAUCCACUCAGUGCACCAACGCAGGGAGGUCCCAGGCAGGACCAAGGACUUUGAUGUGCUAGUGGCUGAACUGAAAGCCAACUCUCGCAAAGGAGAAUCUCCCAAGGAAAAGAGCCCAGGACGAAAAGAACCCACUCUCGAGCGCCCCUCCCAGGAGCUUCCCUCCGCCAUCCAGGGUGCAGCGGUAGCAGCUGCCCCCAGCAGCACCUCUGCUCGUUCUAAGCAGGCCUAUCCAUACUGUGCACUUCCCAGGUCCCAGGCCUCCUCUGAGAGUGAGGUGGAUGAUGAAGGUCCCUGUGGUGGUGAUGGGGAUCCAGGCCUGUUCCCUUUCCCUCUGCCCCGGGGUGGGGCCCAGGUCUCCAGCGAGGAGAGUGAGGAAGAGGGGACAUCUGAUGACCUCCACCUUCCCCCAGACUGCCAUUAUGCAACCCGGCCCCCUAGGCCACAGGCGUUUUGCACAUUUGGGAGCCGGCUGGUGAGCCCAGGAUGCUAUGUGUUUAGCCGCCGGCUAGACCGGUUCUGCUCGGCACUCAGCUCCAUGCUGGAACGGCAUCUCAGCUCACACAUGUGGAAGAAGAUCCCACCAGCGGCUGAACCUCCAUCCCAUCUUGUCAGUCCCUCCUUAGCUGAUCCCCUGAGUCCAUCCUCUAUGGGCAGCUGCCCCCGACUCCCAGGCCCAUCCCCCCGACCUGCCUGCCCAGCCUCCAUACCCCCCAUGAAGGACAGCCUUGUCCCUAGCUACCCUGCAGGCUCCCCCAGUGUAGCAGCUGCCUGCAGCCAGGCAGAGUGCAUGGGCGGUAGCCAGGCUAUUACCUCACCACUGCCUGCCAAUACUCCAUCUCCGUCCUUCAGCAAGCUGCCACCUUCCAAGGCCAGCAAGUCGUCCAAAAGCAAGGAAGGGGUGGAGAUGGAGGCCCCUUCUCGAAAGCGGAAGUUAUCCCCUGGCCCUACCACUUUCAAACGGACCUGCAUCCUGGAGCCUGCUGGAAAAGGCAAACCCUCUGGCUGUCGGGGUCUCUCAGCCAAGACUAAAACAACCCUGAGCAUGGGGCUUAAUGGAACAGUGGGGCCAAGAGUGAAGAGAGCAGGUCCCCUGGACUGUCGGGGUUCCCCUCACUCAUCCCCCAUACCAGUCAAGGCUUCUCAAAUAGAGAACCGGGGAGCAGCUGGACACCCAGCUAAGGUCCUGCCAACCAACUGCCUCUCCGAGGAGGAGGUAGCCAAGAAGCGGAAAAACCUGGCCACUUACUGCCGGCCAGUCAAGGCCAAGCACUGUCAGGCGGGUGUCCCUCCUGAUGGGACCUGCUCUGUUCGUCGUAAGAAACCAGGUCCAGCCCUGCCCUUUGAGGAGAAGUGCUCUACACUGAAGUCAAAAGCCCAUUAACGAGAAAGUGCCUGCCCACUGCAACGGAGCCGCCAGCACCUCCUCCCCUCCAGAUCCGGGCCCCAGGCUGCUGCCGCUUUUUAUAACUUUAUAUUAUUUUUUUUAAGAAAAAAAAAACUCUUUAAAAUACCUCAAGACUGUCUCCCUGUUCUGUUGCUGCUAAGAAAAUAUAAAAACAGAAACAUAGAAAAGGAUGAAAAAUGAUGUAGCUGAACGAGUGUCUUUACUC